AUGUUGCGCACAUGGAGCAAGUUGGGGAACCAUUCACUGCGCAUGCCUGCCUUGCGAUUCAUCUCCGCAGCGCUCCUCGUGCUCGCCUUCUCCGCCGCUUCCGUCCAUUUCUACCUGCUUUCGCUGACGGGCGGCGACCUCGAAUGGAUCAAGCAGCACAUGGGCACGCUCGGCGUCGAGCUUGUGCUCAGCGUGCUGCUGUACAGCGCCGCCAUCACGCUCGUCUACACGCUGCGGCUGCCGAGGGCCUGGCGGCUCGUGCUCGGCGUUAUUCUUGUGGUCAAGCUGGCGCUGGUGCGCGCAGCCGACCGGGGCGAGUCCUUCGCCCGGCACGGCAACUACAACAUGAUCCUCUUCGUCGUCCUCGCCGUGCCGCUGAACCUCGUGGUGUUCGCCACGGUCCUGCUUUACCGGAGCACGCGGCAUUUCUGGCGCAUCGCCGGCGCCUUCGUCGUCUCGCUGCUGCUGCUCACCAGCGUGUCGCUCGUCCGUCAGAGAGCGCGCUGGAGAGCCGGAUUCCUCGGGCGCGGCUACCAGCCCGAUGCGGCGGCGUGUCGGUUCCCCGAGCCAAACUGGCCUUUUAUUGACCUACUGCCUGCGGGAGCCCAGAAUUUCUGGACAGGCUCCCAGAGCUGUCCCUUGCCGUCCAUCGACUUCGAUGCGCGGCUCACGCAGCACGACGCCCUCCUGACCAUCGACGGAUGCCCGCCGGGCCUGCCGGUUUCAUAUGACGUGCUGCCCGACACGCGCAGCUGGCCCGCGUCUGAGAAGAAAGAGUAUGUAUUGAACCGGAUGAUUGUCCAGCGCACGGUGCGGCGCGAGUAUACCGGCCGGGUGCGCCUCGACGUGCGGUCGACCGAGACGGUCAUUGCGAGAUGCGGCCACGAGGAGAAGCUGCUGCUGCGCGUCGCCCGCACGCUGCCGCCGGCGCGCGUGAGCCAAGGACGGACCGAGACGCAGCGGCCCAACAUACUGCUACUCUCCUUCGACGCCGUGUCCCGCCGGGGCUUUCACCGGCGGCUGCGGCGCACAUCCAAGCUGUUGGAGGAGCUGCACGAGCCUGGCCGGCGUCAGCUCUACCAGUUUUCCCGCUCGCACGCCGUCGGCUUCAACACCGACGACAACAGCCGCAGUAUGUACACGGGAACAAUACGGCGCAGCGGCGUCGACCCUGUCUGGCAGCAGUUUCGCGACGCCGGCUACGUCGUUGCCCACACCGACACCUCGUGCCAGGAUUGGUCGUCCCAGUAUGAGGACCGCAACACGUCCAUAACGGCCGUGGACCAUGAGAUGCUCGGGCCGGCAUGCUGGCCGCCUUACUUUGCGCUCCGAAGUAACCCAUAUGGCAACUUCAACGGGCCCUUCAGCAUUAGGCGCCGCUGCGCCUUCGGAGACUACGUGCACGCCUGGAACUUUGAUUUCACCCGCCGAGUCCGCGACGCGUACCCCGACUGGCCCUCGCUGCUCUCAGUCAACUUCAUCGAGGGACACGAGGGAACCGGCGAGGUCCUCGCCACCGUCGACCGUCAGCUGCACGACUUUCUCGCCGAGCUCCGCGAUGACGGCUCCCUCGACAACACCAUCGUGCUCUUCUUCGCCGACCAUGGCCUGCACAUGGGCCUCAAUUUCCUCUUCACGCAAAAUGGCCGCAUCGAGCACCAGAACCCAGUGCUGCACAUACUCCUGCCCGCACAUGUUGCGUUACGGCUGCACGCCAAAGACGGCAGCGACGGGCUCUUGGCGAAUGAGCAGGCGCUCGUCACGCACUACAACACGCACUGCACACUGCGAGUGCUGGCCGACAUGGAGCAGUGGCCUCCGUCGCGUGACUCCCCGUACUGGGACAUGUCGCUGUUCGAGCCGCAGCCGCGGAAUCUCACGUGCGAGGCGGCCGGUAUCAGGUCGAUAUAUUGCCAAUGCGAGGAAUAG